AGCCAUUGGCUGGUUCAAAAGGGAGGAGGAAAUUUAAACGCUAACGUUGCGAGUCGCGCGGCGCUUGCAGUUUAACCAGUGUCGUUGUGGGAACAGACGUUCAUGUGAGUUGUUGACCUGAGAAAAAUGGCCGAAAGCAACGGAGACGCUUCUGGUUUGUACGAGUUCGAUGCCCCGUCGCAGGUGGUCGACCUGAAAGAGCUGCAACACGCAGAAAACCAGGACGAGUGGUUCGAACAACAGGCCAUGGGCACAGAAGGUCACCUUAAGACACCUUUGAGACGUGACCGGUCCUUUAGGAGAAGCGAUGUGCCCAACCUGCCACGGGCCAUCGUUACCCCUCUGCUCAAGACGGACGUGGACUCUGGUCCUAGCACAGCCACAUCUCCACCUUCUAAUCUGGUCACAUCCUGGGGAGAUGGAAGUCCCGCCCAGACUGGUGCCCGGCGAAGGACUGCUGUAAAUCAACUCCCUGCCCAGCCACGCAGGGUUUCAAAACGUAAAGAGGCAGCCAGCGGUGCAGUCAUACCCCCCUCAAAGAAAUACAAGAAGAGUCCUGUUGCCCAACCAGCACGAAAAUCCAGUAGUGUUCAAAGGAGGCCACCUGAGGCCCGGACUAUGGCCAAGACCCGGGCAGCAGUUGCUGCAAACACACAGCCAAAUAGCUCUGUAGAACAGGAAAUGGAGCGCAUCAGGACCCUCCAGAGGGAAGUGGCUCUGCAUCGUAAGAAAAACGAGGCGAGCUACAAAGCUGCUCUGGCUGGCAUUCCACCACCAAAGAAGACGGUCCUGUCCACAACCGUACCAAAAGAGUUCUGCUUUAACACAAACACGCGCUCAAAGAUCACCAUGUCAUCCAGCACAGUGCACAAGGAGGUGGACUUCAUCACGCAGCUGCGUAAACCAUCCUCCCCAGCCAAGGCUGUGAGAGGUGCCACAGUGCCCAAACCCUUCAACUUGUCAACCAGCAGCAAGAGAAAGGUGGACGAGCCUCCUGCCUAUGUGUCCAUGGCUCAGCAGAUCGAACGCUACCAGAAACAAACCCCUGACCGAUACCACCUGCGCAGCCGCAAGAGUCAAGAAAGAGGGCCAUCCCGAGUAAAGUCUGAGCACAUGAAGCUCACACAGCCUCACACCCCAGAGCUAAUGACCCGCCAGAGGAGCCGCCCGCCCACCGUGAAGAGCAGCUCUGAGCUGGAGGCUGAAGAGGUGGAGAGGCUUAACAAGUUUAAAUUCAAGGCCCUGGAGCUGAACAAGAGAAUUCUGGAGAGUGCAGAGGGCCUGAAGAAGCCGGCUGUGAAGGAGCCCACCGUACCUGAAGGUUUUGAGCUGCAGAUUGAGAAGAGGCUCCAGGAGAGGCAGUCUACCAAGAAGCCUCAGGAGGAAGAAGAGAAGCCACAUGCAUUUAAAUCCCAGCCUCUGCCCAAAAAGAUCCUGGAAGGAGUCGUGGGAGUACCAGAGAAGAAGGUUGUGCAUCCAACUGUGCCAGAGUCUCCAGCUUUCCUACUCAAGAAGAGGAUUCAUUUGGAGCCCAAGUUUGAGGAAGUAAAACGUCCCUCGCCUAUCAAGGCCCCCCCAGUGCCUCAUUUCGGCCUCCCCUUCCAGCCCCGGCUGCAGGAGAACCACCACGUGGAGGUCUGUCCUUUCUCCUUUGAAGAGAGGGAGCGAGAGAGGAGGGCGCUGAGAGAGAAGAAGCUGGAGGAGAAGAGAAAUGAAGAGGUACCACAGUUCAGGGCCCAGCCACUGCCGGACUUCAACACCGUGGUCCUCCCAGAGAAGAAGAAGCUGGAGCCGACAAAGCCCGAGCCGUUCAGACUGCAGCUGGACGAACGGGGAGCUGUGAAGAUCAGCCGCUGGGAGCAGAUGGUAAAGGAGGAGCAGAAACAGCAGGAGGAAGCGGCGCAAUUCAAAGCCAGGCCCAACACAGUCACUCAUAAAGAGCCUUUCCAGCCCAAGAAGGAGAGCCGGGCUGCAGUGGGCAUUCCUCCUUCUACAGUGGUGGAGGCCUUCGAGCUGUCGACGGAGCGCCGUGCCCGGGAGCGGCAGGAGUUAGAGCAGCUGGCCAGCGAGAAGGAGGCUCUCAGGGCGAUGAUGGAGGAGCAGCAGAGACGGGAGGAGGUGCAGAAGGAGAGAGAGGAGAUCGCCAGACUGCGGCAGGAACAGGUUCACAAGGCUCAGCCCAUCAGGCACUACAAACCUGUUGCAGUCAAAAAGAGUGAAGUUCCUCUCACCAUCCCCCACUCACCCAACUUCUCCGACCGCUUCAGACUGUAGAUGGCUCAGCCCGCUCUCUAGGAACCUGCCGUUUACUAUUUUUCGGCAGCAACCCUGACAUGAACUGUGUCCUCCUUCAGCCGGUGGAGAGGAAACUGGCUGUAAAGAUGUAAAUAGAUUGUCUUGUAUUUGAAA